UGUUUGUGGGGGCUCACAUUACAUGCCACGCUUGUUUGUUAUUGUUUGUUAUUUCUUCGUCAUCGUCUACCCCGCGUCACACCUGAAGGCGCACGUCCACAUUCGGUCGGUUUUAAAAGCGGUGACUUUUAAAUGUGCGCCUUUGGGUGAAAACGCUAACGGACAAUACUGAAAACCAACUGAACCCGCGCGGACCCGCUCCGUGUUCACUUCAGACCUUCAAAUUGCACUUUGAGUGUGGUCCGUGUGACCUCCACCGUAUAAUGUGGUAUGUUGUGAAGACGGGGCCGGGGUUGACCCGCCGGACGGGGUUCAACUUGGGACCAAAUUUGAAAAGACUGAACGCAAUACGACUCGGCUCCAACGUCGCCGCGACCGGGGCUGAGAGGGACACCGCGCGUCCUAAGCCGCCGUGGGAGCGACCCUCCCGGCGAGGAAGAGGCGACGCAUGUCCAGGUGCUGGCGUCUCCGUGGACUUCGAGCACACACGGGAGGCAUACAAGAGCAAGGACUCUUUAGAGCUCCUAAGAAGUCUAGUGGUGUUUAAGCUCUGCUCCUAUGACAUCCUGGUGGAUAAGAAUAAAGAGAUAAUGGACCUGGGUAAGAAGGUUAUGGGCCAGCGGGCCUUCGAGCAGCUGAUGAAGAUGACGUUCUACGGCCAGUUUGUGGCGGGGGAGGACCACCGCGCCAUCCGGCCCCUGCUGCAGAAGAACCAGGCCUUCGGGGUGGGGUCGGUGCUGGACUUCAGCGUGGAGGAGGACCUCAGCCCGGGGGAGGACCAGGAGGACGUGCUGCGCCCAUACGUUUCCACCGAGGGGAAGACUAACACGGGGGCAGACCACAGACAAGGCAAACACGGAAUGAACACGCAGUGUGGAGAGCGUCGCAGGGAAUCCUGUGAAGCCCGCACGUAUUUCUAUGCUGAUGAAGCCAAGUGUGACCGCAACGCGGAGACCUUCCUCGAGUGCAUCCGAGCAUCUGGUGGGGGCGCCCUGGAAGGCUUCUCCGCCAUCAAGAUGACAGCGCUUGCGCGGCCUCAGUUCCUGCUCCGGCUCUCCGAGGUUCUGGUGAAGUGGCGCAGAUUCUUCAGCUUUCUGGCGGCUCAGCAAGGAUACGGCAACAGGGAGGCCUUGGAGCAAAAGCUGGAGCUCAAACAACUGCAGGAGUUUCUCAGCAGAUCGGGAGCAGAGGGGGACGUCCACGGCUGGUUCACUGACACCAUGCAGAGCUCGUCUGGCACCAUCGACAUGCUGGACUGGGACAUCCUGAUCGACAGCAGAGCCGACGCAUCCCACCUGCUGGUCGUCCCAGACGUCGGGAAAGGGGAGCUGGUGCCUCUGUUGGACCGCUUCACGGCUGAGGAAGAGCGGCAGAUGAAGAGGAUCCUGCAGCGAAUGGACGUGUUGGCUAAGCACGCAGAGGAGAACGGUGUUCGCCUGAUGGUGGACGCAGAGCAGACGUACCUUCAGCCGGCCAUCAGCUACCUGACCCUGGAGAUGCAGAGGGUCUACAACGGCCAGAAGCCCCUCAUCCUCAACACCUACCAGUGCUACCUCAAGGAGGCGUUCACCAGCCUGAGCGUGGACCUGGAGCGCUCGCGGCGCCAGGGCUGGUGCCUGGGGGCCAAGGUGGUGCGGGGGGCCUACAUGCACCAGGAGAGAGAGCGGGCCGUGCUGCUGGGCUACGAGGACCCCGUCCACCCCGACUACCAGGCAACCAAUCGGAUGUAUCACAGGUGUCUGGACCUCCUGCUGGAGGAGAUCUCACUCAGCAGGAAGGCCAAUGUGAUGGUGGCGAGUCACAACGAGGACACCGUGAGACACACUCUGAGGAGGAUGAAUGAGCUAGGCCUGGCUCCAGCGGAGGGGAAGGUCUCCUUCGGCCAGCUACUUGGCAUGUGCGACCAGAUCAGCUUCCCACUGGGGCAGGCGGGCUUCCCGGUCUACAAGUACGUCCCCUACGGGCCCGUGAACGAGGUGAUGCCCUACCUUUCCCGGCGGGCCCAGGAGAACCGGGGCUUCAUGAAGGGCGCUGAGUGGGAGCGGGAGCUGCUGCUCAAGGAGCUGAAACGCCGGCUGGGCUCGGGGGAGAUCUUCCACCGGCCGGUCUUCUAGAGCGACCUUCUAGAGCGACCUUCUAGAGAUGUCUUCUGGGGGGUUUCCUAGAGGGGUCUUCUGGAGAGAUCUUCUAGAGAGGUCUUCUAGAGAGGUCCUCUAGAGAGGAUCUUUAUAGAGGUCUUCUAGAGAGUUAUUUAGAGACAUCUUCAAGAGAGGUGUUCUGGAGAGGUCUUCUAGAGCUGCAGAGAAGAGAGAGAGAGAGAGAAGGGAGAGACAGGGAGGGAGCGAAGACAGAGAGGGGAGAUGGACAGAGAGAGACUAUGUCAUCUGUUUAUGAGGUGUGUGUGUGUGUGUGUGUGUGUGUGUGUGUGUGUGUGUGUGUGUGUGCGUGCGUGCGUGUGUAUUUGCAUCAUCCCGUGCAUCCAAACACAUAAAUCCCCCUCAGUGUCUCGGCUCCAAUCUUUCAUAUGUAUAUAUACAUAGAUAUAAUUUUUUUUCGUUCCCAUCAUUUCCUCUCCUCUGCAGCUUAUUCCCAGUCGCAGGUUCUGCCCUCCUCCGUCCUGCCCUGACCCAGCUCCCCCGCUCCUCCCCCCCCACCCUCCCCCAUUCCUCCCCCGUGUGCAUGUCAUCUUCCCCCUCAGCCCGCCGCUGCCUCAGCGUCUCUGAGACGAGUCUCCCACCAUGUUUCCCCCCCCCCCCCCCUGUAUCCAUCAUGAUGGCGUCUUUACUAGCCCAGUAGGACUACGGGAACCGUCAAUAGGGGACAGAAUGGGGGACGCCUCUUUUUUUAUCACUCCAUUUAUCCUACGCGCAGACAGUGGGAAUAAAACCAAUAACAACGCCUGAUUUAAAUGGCCGUAAAGAAAGCAUCAAUAUUCCUCAGAGUUUAAUGUGGGUGCCAGUUAGGGAUAGUUACACUGAGAGAUGAAACUUUACUGUUGGUUAAGUGGUGGUCUCUGCUGUUUGGAAAAUCAAUAUCAAGUUUUUUAUUUGGCUGCAAACAUCAACAGCCUUUUUGUUAUGUGACGGUGAUGUCUUUGUUGUGCUAGGGGACUGUGUUGCUGGUCUCGGUAGGUCGUACACGACGUGAACUGAGUGAAGUUGACGAGAGCGACCGAGUUCAGUUUCUGUUAAACUCUUCAGAGCUGGGGAACCACCAGACCACCUGAUACGUAAGCACUACAUUUACCAUCAGGGCAUUUAGCAGACGCUUUUAUCCAAAGUGCCUCACAAUAAGAACCUUUGUCAGAAGAAAGAGAAACAAUAUAUUGCUGUCGGUACAGUAAGGAUGUUCAUAGAACCAAGUGCAAAGCACUAACAAUCACUAGGUUAACCCAUUCCCCGUACACAACAAAGAUAGCUGGGAUAAGGUGCUACAAAAUGCGAAGCACUAUUUUUAAGUGCCAGGACGUACAACAUGUACAAAGUGCAUAAGAGGGGUGGGGGGGCGGGGGGGGGGUUAUGCAGAGUCCAGGUGAACUCUACACUUUACUACAGGACAUAUACCAUGACCCAAAGGUGGAGAAGGAGUAUAGGAACUCGUUUUGUGUGGUUUCUAGGAACAUCGAGCUCAGGAUUUUGUUUCUUCGGUACGGUUGAGACGCCAAAGCCGAUAUUAGGCUCCAUGUUUAUUGUGUUUUUCAUCUGGGGCUUUUACUCGUUCUAAAUCGUCCAAUCGGGUCACAUUAACUUUCCAUUGAUUAUGUAAACUUGUUUUAGCAGUCUGUUCUUUGUUCACUGCUGUGAUGUACUGAAAUUGUUUCUUAAACGAAAGAAUACUUGGUUG